CAGGGGUGGGGGUAAUAUUUUUAGUUAAAUCACGGACGUGCUUUGUGUUACGCAUGUAUGAUGAUUUUUUAGUGGAAGGUCACUUGCUACACCAGCCAUUGCCUGAUUUUUAUUCCGCGUUGUCGUUAUUAAUUUACCGGUACCGGUGGAAGCAAUCAUGUUUCGCGAGGUGGAAUUUUUAAAAUACGUGCUCUGGUUGUCGCUCCUGGUGAAUGGGGCUGUGAAUAGUGACGAUGUAUCGAAUGUGCAGAGUAGUUUACAACAGGACAGUGAGGAUAUUAACCGCCUCAGUAAAAGGUCAACGUUUUGUCCCGCCAGCAGUCAAUGUGUUCCUCUGUCAUCGUGUCCCAUUUUAAAUAAUUUAAUAAACAACGAAUGUUUUCUCACUAAGAGUAUCAGUGAACUAAGCUGUGGUUACCAGGGUUCGGGUCUAAUAUGUUGUCCGCAAGCUAGCGAAGCAGCCACUCUGACACCAGGGAAAAUGGUGGACGGUCAAAGGUGUGGAACAUCGCAAGUACAGGGCGAAGGAUAUAAUGGAAUUGGUGCUUAUCCUUGGGUAGCGAGAGUAGGAUUCAGAAAUGUAUUAACUGGUGAAGUAAAAUUUCCUUGUACGGGAUCGAUUAUAAGCAACAGGAUAGUCCUGACUGCAGCACAUUGCGCCUUGGCAAAAGCAGAAAAUUUCAAAUUAUAUGCAGUCCGAAUAGGAGAAUGGAUGACUACAACAGCCAUUGACUGCGGAGAGGAGUUUUGUGGCUUGCCUGUACAAGACGUAGCAAUCAGCCACGUGGUAGUUCACCCAAGUUACCAGAAACAAACUUACAAGCAUAAUAUCGCGAUGCUCGUCCUAAGGUCGAAAAUUAACUAUACAGUGACUGCGCAACCAAUAUGCCUGCCGGAAUCGUGGUCGGUCACUAACAAUAAUGGCCUGUUGGUUGGUUGGGGAAAAACAGCUGGACAGACAACUACACCACCUCAGCAACAGAUCCUAAAUCUUCCAAUCAUCAGCAUACAAGAAUGUACCCGCGUAUAUGGAAGGACCUUACCAAUUUCUGAUGAACAAAUUUGUGCUGGCGGAGAAGCGGGGAAUGAUGCUUGCAGUGGUUUUGGAGGAGCUCCAUUACUAGUAAGACAUGGAGACACGUAUUAUCAGGUUGGAAUAUUAUCUUUUGGUUCAGACCAGUGCGGAGCAGCCGGAGUUCCAAGCGUUUAUACCAAUAUUAAGAAGUAUAUCACAUGGAUUCGAGAAAACACACCCCAGGUAUACAAUUAGAACACAAUAUUUUGGUUCAAGUUUUCUAACUAAAUCAGAGCUUGUGAUAAAAAAUAUAGAAAAAAUGUAAAUUAUUAUGGAAUGUAAUAUUUUGUACAAUAAAUGCGUGAUUUU